GGAAAUGAUGAGAGCAAUUUGCCCCAUCUUACACACCUCAAACUGCUGUGACAUUUCCUGCUCAGCAUGAUGCCUAAAAGUAACAUAUGGACCAUAUGAUAAUUAUAUUCCAGUCAGUGAGUUAAGCAAAAAAUCAUGGAAUCAGCAAUACUUUUCCCUGGCUUUUCCCAAACCACCAAGACCAGGAAAGAAACAGAGAUCACUACCUUCCCAGUUACGAAACAAUACAGCUCCUGUAAUUGAUGAAGAAAAAUUAGGAAUUCACAGACCACCAUUAUGGAUGCACCGUUCUCUGAUGAGAAUUUCCGAGAGACCAUCCGUUUAUUUAGCUGCCAGGAAGGGUCUUCCACCGAAACCAUCUCGUUCUGGCAAGGGGGAGUCUAAAGUAGCAAGCCCACACAAAACUUCGUCUUCAGAGAAAACAAAGAAAGAAGAGAAAGUGAAAAACGGUGAAUCUGAAGCCAAAGAGAAGACAGUGUCAAAGAAAACCAAGGAAGAAAGUGCCAAACAAGUUGUUAAGAAAAGUUCAAAGGAAUCCCAGAAGGAUAAGGUGUCAGUCUCAGAAUCUGACAGUGUAAAGGCUGAUAAAAAGAAAGAAGCCAAAAAAGGUAAGAAGGAACCAAAGGAUAAAGGAUCCCUCUCAGAAUCGGAAGGUGAAAAGGCGAGUGAGAAGAAAGAGGCCAAAAAAGGUAAAAAGGGGACAACGGAUAAACUGUUACUCUCAGAGUCUGAAGGUGAAAAACCUGGCGAGAAGAAAGAAGCCAAGAAAGGUAAGAAGGAACCAAAGGAUAAAGGGUCAGUCUCAGAAUCCGAAGGUGAAAAGGCUGCUGAGAAGAAAGAGGCCAAAAAAGAGAAAAAAGGGACAAAGGAAAAAGACAAAGCAGCCUCAGAAUCUGAAAGUGAAAAGCCUGGUGGGAAGAAAGAAGCCAAAAAAGGAAAGAAGGAGCCAAAGGGUUCCCAGGAUACACCUGCUGAUUCAGAAGCUGACCAGCCUGGUGAAAAGAAAGGAAACAAACUUACUAAAAAGCCUUCAAAGAUCAAAGAGACGCCUGUAGAUUCUGAAACUGAGAAGGGAGGUUUAAAGAAAGAGGCCAAGAAAGAAAGCAAGAAGAAGGAAAAUAAAAAGGAAAAGAAGGCAGGAGAUUCAAAGGAGGAUGCUAAGAAAGACAAAAAAGACAAGAAGAAAGACAAGAAAGACUCUGCAGGUGAUUCCCCUGACUCAAAGAAGGAGGAAAAGAAGGCAAAGAAAGAGAAGAAGGGAAAGUAGGUCUUGGAUGAGAACUCAAACUGUACGUAGAACUCCAAAGUAUAUUCAGUGAACCAACCUCAGUAGUCAUAGCAUGAGCCCAUGAGAUAGAAGAAGAGUGCAGUAAAUUAAUCAAAUAAGUUUUAGAGAAGAGAAAACACAAUGUGAAAUGAAAAUAUAGCCAGUGUUAGAAAAACAAAAGGACUAAGAAAAAUACAUAGGAUUCAUUGAACAACGUGGAAGAUACCUAUUCUAAAAUUGUAGCUACGGAGUUUUAAAAGUAAAAUCACUAGAAACAUUCAAGAAUACACAAAUAAACAUCCAGAAAACAUAGAUAGAGAAACAAACAAAAAGAAACAGUAUUCAGUAAGGACUUUGUUUAAAAGAAAAAAAGAAAAAAG